AUGCCGUGCCCGCCGGCGGCCCUGCUGGCGGCGGCCCUGCCGUGCGCGCUGCUGUCCCCGGUCGGCGCGGCGGCCGACCCGCGGCCGCCGAUCCCUGCCAACUCCACCUGGGAGGGCCGGCCGCAGUUCUGGCAGGGCCUCACCUGUCGGCUGGCGGCGCGUCGCGGCGGCGGCAGCGGCGCCAAUGCCUCGGCGGUGGCCGCGCUGGUCCGGCGCGGCCGCGCCCAGCUCGGGGAGCGCUGCCUCACCGAUGGUGAGUGCUGGCAGGGUCUGGAGGGCGCCGGGUGUGUGGACGGCGUGUGCGCGUGCCCGGCGGAGGCGCUGACGGCGCGCGGUGACUGCGUCAUCAGCGACUGCUCCGAGCUGACGGCGCUGGGCGUCACCACCAGCGGUCAGCACUGGGUGCGGGUGGCCGCCGGCGCCGCGCCCGUCGGCGUCUUCUGUAACAUGGAUAAGGACGGCGGCGGCUGGACCGUGUUCCAGCGGCGCCGGAACGACACCGAGCAGGUCGACUUCUACCGCUACUGGCACCACUACCGCGACGGCUUCGGCACCGUCACCGGCCAGUUCUGGCUGGGCAACGAGCUGAUCCACCGUCUGACGGCGCGCGGGCCGCACCAGCUGCGCAUCGACCUGUUCGACUUCGAGGGUAACCACCGCCUGGUGCGGUACAGCUCGUUCGCCGUGGCCGGCGAGGGCGACUGCUACCGACUCUCUGUGUCCGGCUUCUCGGGCGCCAUCGGCGACUCGCUUGGCCGCCACAACGGCCAGUGCUUCUCCACCAAGGACAGGGACAACGACCGGUACGACACGGGGUCGUGCUCCCGCAGGUUCCGCGGCGGCUGGUGGUACCAGCGCUGCCACACGGCCAACCUGAACGGCUUCUACUGGCGAGGCACCUUCACCGAGUACGCCAGCGGCGUCUCGUGGUACCACUGGCUCGGCCACCAGUACUCGCUGAAAACAACCGCCAUGCUGCUGAGGCCAGUCGACGCCGCAUCCACUACUCGAUGAAAAGGCACCGCCACCCGCGGCCACUACUCGGUGAAAAGGCACCGCCACCCGCGGCCACUUCUCGAUGAAAAGGCACCGCCACCCGCGGCCACUUCUCGGUGAAUAGGCACCGCCACCCACGGCCACUACUCGUUGAAUAGGCACCGCCACCCGCGGCCACUACUCGAUGAAUAUGUACCGCCACCCACGGCCACUACUCGGUGAAAAGGCACCGCCACCCGCGGCCACUACUCGUUGAAUAGGCACCGCCGUCCGCGGCCACUACUCGUUGAAUAGGCACCGCCACCCGCGGCCACCAGGUACUCGUUGAAUAGACACCGCCACCCGCGGCCACUACUCGAUGAAUAGGCACCGCCACCCGCGGCCACUACUCGAUGAAUAGGCACCGCCACCCGCGGCCACUACUCGGUGAAAAGGCACCGCCACCCGCGGCCACUACUCGAUGAAAAGGCACUGCCA